CUUAGACAGACCAUGACAAAGUUCUGUCAAGAGCAUUUGGCUCCAAAGGCCCAACAGAUUGACCAGGAAAAUGAAUUCAAAGGCAUGCGGGAGUUUUGGAAGAAACUUGGGGAACUGGGAGUUCUGGGCAUCACAGCUCCAGCGGAAUAUGGUGGAUCUGCUUUGGGGUAUCUGGACCACGUGCUGGUGAUGGAGGAAAUUUCUCGUGCAUCAGCAGCUGUUGGGCUUAGUUACGGUGCCCACUCAAACCUCUGUAUCAACCAGCUAGUGCGUAACGGCAAUGAGGCCCAGAAGAACAAGUACUUGCCCAAGCUAAUCAGUGGGGAGCACAUUGGAGCCUUAGCAAUGAGCGAACCCAAUGCUGGAUCUGAUGUUGUGUCCAUGAAGCUGAAGGCAGAUAAGAAAGGAGACUACUUUGUUUUGAAUGGGAACAAAUUUUGGAUCACCAAUGGGCCAGAUGCAGAUGUUCUCAUCAUUUAUGCUAAAACUGACAUUAAUGCUGUUCCAGCCUCCCGAGGUAUCACUGCGUUCAUUGUGGAGAGGGGAAUGCCAGGUUUCAGCACAGCCCAGAAGCUCGAUAAGCUGGGAAUGAGAGGGUCUAAUACCUGUGAACUGAUCUUUGAAGACUGCAAGAUCCCUGCUGAAAAUGUCUUGGGGAAGCUGAGCAAAGGAGUCUACGUUCUGAUGAGUGGACUGGACCUGGAGAGACUCGUGCUGUCUGGUGGACCUCUGGGGCUCAUGCAAGCUGUUCUUGAUCACGCAAUUCCAUACCUACAUGUAAGAGAAGCGUUUGGACAGAAAAUUGGCCACUUCCAGCUCAUGCAGGGCAAAAUGGCCGAUAUGUACACACGGCUGAUGGCGUGUCGGCAGUAUGUCUACAACGUGGCGAAGGCCUGCGACCAGGGCCAUUUCAAUGCGAAGGAUUGCGCUGGAGUGAUCCUGUAUUCAGCAGAGUGUGCUACCCAGGUGGCUCUGGAUGGGAUUCAGUGUCUGGGUGGAAACGGUUACAUCAAUGACUAUCCGAUGGGGCGUUUCCUGCGUGAUGCCAAGCUCUAUGAGAUAGGGGCAGGCACCAGUGAAGUGCGCAGACUCGUCAUUGGCAGGGCGUUUAAUGCCACUUUUAAGUAA